AUGGCUAUUCUACAGAGUCCUCACAAAAAACUGACCCUCAGCGGAAUCUGUGACUUCAUCAGCAAUAAAUUCCCUUAUUAUAAGGACAAAUUUCCAGCCUGGCAAAACUCCAUUAGGCACAACCUAUCCCUCAAUGACUGCUUUAUCAAGAUCCCCAGGGAACCAGGCAACCCAGGCAAGGGAAACUACUGGACCCUGGACCCAGCUUCAGAAGACAUGUUUGAUAAUGGAAGUUUCCUCAGGAGAGGAGGAAACGCUUUAAAAGACACCACAACGAAUUCAUCAAAGAUAGCUUGA